AUGUAUGCAAUGAAUGUGGAGCAACGGGACACAGACCACACAGCAGAUGAGCUGCUGGCAGUCAUCAGACGUCAAGCAUGGUGCAGUGGUAGAUCUAAGCAAGUAGGAGCCAAUAAACUGAAGCAUGCUGUCACUGGCGAGGAGGUUGAUCUCAAGAGCUUGUGGAAGGACCAUCCUUGUGUGCUGCUGUUCCUGCAUCACUUGGGCUACCUGGUGUUGUGGAUGGUAGAUGAGACAAGCAAGUUGAAAGAAACUCUGGAGGGCCACAAUGUACAUUUAAUAGGCAUUGUGCCAGCAGUAGGCGUUAAGGAGUUUCUGAGUGAGAAUUUCUUCAUUGGAGAACUCUGGGUGGAUGAGACACAACAAUGUUAUAAUGUUCUGGGUUUCAGGAGGUAUAGUGUAGUACCUUAA